GUCCGCCGAUCCGUGCGCGCCACAAGCUCGCAGAGAGGGAGGAGAAAGCAGCCAGUUCCGGAGCCCUCCCUAGCCCGGCCCAACCUUUGCUCCAGAGAUCAUGGCUGCCGAGGAUGUGGCGGCGACAGGCGCCGACCCGAGCGAGCUGGAGGGUGGCGGGCUGCUACACGAGAUUUUCACGUCGCCGCUCAACCUGCUGCUGCUCGGCCUCUGCGUCUUCCUGCUGUACAAGAUCGUGCGCGGGGACCAGCCGGCGGCCAGCAGCGACAGCGACGACGACGAGCCGCCCCCGCUGCCCCGCCUUAAGCGGCGCGACUUCACCCCUGCCGAGCUGCGGCGCUUCGACGGCGUCCAGGACCCGCGCAUACUCAUGGCCAUCAACGGCAAGGUGUUCGACGUGACCAAAGGCCGCAAGUUCUACGGGCCCGAGGGGCCGUAUGGGGUCUUUGCCGGAAGAGACGCAUCCCGGGGCCUUGCCACCUUCUGCCUGGAUAAGGAAGCCCUGAAGGACGAGUAUGACGACCUUUCUGACCUCACUCCCGCCCAGCAGGAGACCCUGAGUGACUGGGACUCUCAGUUCACUUUCAAGUAUCAUCACGUGGGCAAGCUGCUGAAGGAGGGGGAGGAGCCCACCGUGUACUCCGAUGAGGAAGAAGCAAAAGAUGAGAGCGCUCGGAAAAAUGAUUAGAGCGUCCAGUGGAAGCAUAUCUAUUUUUGUAUUUUGCAGAAUCAUUUGUAACAUUCCAGUCUGUCUUUAAAACAUGGUGAUUUCCAAUAUUUAGAAACGUUUCGAACUUGGCUGUAAGUUUUUGUAAUUAACAUCACUCGUGACACUGAUACACAGUUAACUCCCGUCUCCCAAGUGCAUGAUGCGUUUGUGUGUCGCAAAUCCAGACCGUGAACUGCAGGGCCGUAAUACAGACGUUAUUACCGUUCCCUUCUCUCUGUAGUCAGUACGGGCCGACUUUCAGUUUGUUUUUCCUGAAAGAGACAGGCAAGACUUGGGUAUUCCCUCCCUGCCCAAGCAGGUAAAGGUGUUAAGUGUGCAGAGCCCUUCCAGCAACCGAGAACGAAGGAUGAACUUGCAGUCCCGACGUUCUCAAGACAGCAAAUCCCUCAUUUCUCAAUUGACUUAGCUGCACGAUUUCUGUUUUAUCUACCUCUAAAGCAAAUCGGCAGUAUUCCAAAGCCUCUGGUAUUGAUUAAAGAAAGCUGUCCAUUAAAAAAAAAAAUUUUUUUUUUGAAAUCUCAAAGCUGGGCUCAGUUGGGAAAAAUACAUUCGCUGUGUUUCUAGACCGCCUUACGAUAUUUUUUUUUUUUUUUUUUUUUUUUUUUUUUGUCCUCUGGACACUCAGAUGCCCCCGCUAACACAGCGGUAUACAGGGAGGCUUGAAAUAGGAUCUGAACAUUUGAAGGGAAGCCUUGGAAGAAAUCAGCCGGCUUGCCUGAAAAGCUAACUCUACGAAGAAAACGUAGGGACCCUCUUCCCCAUCCCCACGUUCACGGUGGGACGAUGGUUAUCCGACCCGGUUUGCCGCGGGGGGGGGGGGGGGGGGGGGCGUGCCGAACAGAACACGAGUUUGCUCUCCCGGCAGCCCUCGCGCCCACCUCUGGGGAACGAAGUGAGUACAGGUCGCCGUAGCCACACGGCUCUCAAAAUCCAUUCGUUAAGGUAACCGUCAUUCUUCUGUCCCGACAAAAGUAGCCGCCACAAGAGGAGUCGGGCCGGGUGUCUAGGUCUCUGAUAACUGGGUCUUUUCGGUUAACAAUAAACUUAGCUUAAGUAGACUGUACAGUCGUAUGAAUUCGUAAAAGUAUAUGAACUAGUGAGGUCUCCAACCCUUGUAACUGUAGUUGAAUAGUCCUUGUAUUUUCUUGUGAACCGUGUUUAAUGGUUUUACCUCAGAUCAGAAAACAAAAUGAAGUGCUUUGGUCAGUUAAUAAAAACGGUCUUACCCAGUA